GAGACCCACGAAGAAGCCGAGGGGAGCCACAAAGAAGCCGAGGGGAGCCACGAAGAAGCCGAGGGGAGCCACGAAGAAGCCAAGGGGAGCCACGAAGAAGCCAAGGGGAGCCACGAAGAAGCCGAGACCAAGCCACGCCGCAAAAGAAAGCUUUUGAAAGACCGAGAGCCAAUAGGCAAGUUGCUGGACCAG